UUGAAAACGAGGCAGGAUAAGACCAAGAAGCGUGGCGUGUCUUGGGUUCUUGCUUUCGGUUUCACACGCUUUCUCUCUGUCAUUAAAUCGAAGAAUUUUACCUUGUUAGGAAUUUACAAUGGCGGACCAAGGAUAUGGGGGUGGAUAUGGUCAGAGUGGUGGGGCAGCAAUGUACGGUGGAACAGGAGGUGCUAGUUAUGGUGGAGCUCAAAGUUACCAAUCUUCUGGUUACCAAGCUCCUACCAGCUCUUACCAGUCAACUGGUUACCAGGCCCCAGCUCAAGGAGGAGCUCCAGCAUAUAGUGCAGCAACUGGAUACCAGAGUGCCUCAACAGGUUACACAGGCUACCAGACAGACAGCAGCUCAGGUGGCUACCAGCAAGCAUCUUCAACACAGUACCAGGGGUACGAACAGCAACCUCAGAGUGGUGGCUACUCACAAGCGAGUGGAGGAUCAAGCUACCAGCAACCACAGGGAUAUCAACAGACUGGAGGGUAUCAAUCUGGUGGUCAGGGUGGUUAUGGCAGCAGUCAGAGCAGUGGAGGUGGAUACCAAGGUGGUGGGUAUCAAGGUGAUGGUGGACGCAGUAGUGGUGGAUAUGGACAGCAGGGCUCUUCCUAUGGACAAGGAGGAGGAGGAGGAGGUGGAGGAGGUGGCUAUGGAGGAGGAAGAGGCGGUGGCAGAGGAGGUAGCCGACCGGGUGGAUACAAUAGUAAUAUGGGUUAUGGUAACUCUUCUGGAGGUGGACAGCAAGAUCCAGGGAAAGAGUAUGAAACAGAUCAGGUUUUCAUUUCAAAUCUUUCCUCUACGGUUACAGAAGCAGACAUCAAAGAUCUUUUUGGCUCAAUUGGUAUAAUAAAGAUUGACAAAAAGACAGGCAACCCUAAAAUCUGGAUUUACAGACAUCCUGACGGGACUCCAAAGGGGGAUGCUACUGUUACUUAUGAUGAUCCGCCAACAGCUAAUGCUGCUAUCUCUUGGUUCAAUGGUAAAGAGUUUCUUGGACAGACAAUCAAGGUUGAAUUUGCUGAGAAGAGAGUACCCAAAGGAGGCUUUGGUGGAAGAGGUGGUGGAGGACGAGGUCCUCGUGGUGGACGUGGGGGUGGUGGUGACAGAAGGGGUGGUCGAGAUGACCAUCGUGGUGGUGGUAGUGGCGGAGGAAUGGAAGCUCGUGCUGGGGACUGGGACUGCCCAUCGUGUGGAAACAUGAAUUUUGCCAGGAGGGACACCUGCAAUCGAUGCCAAACACCAAGAUCUGGCGAUGGUGGUGGAGAUGGUGGUGGUGGAUAUGGUGGAAGAAGUGGGGGAGGUGGAAGAGGAGGUUGGGGGGGAGGUAGAGGUGGAGGCAGAGGUGGAGGGCGUGGUGACAGGAGAGGUGGAGGUGGAAGAGGUGGUUAUGACAGACAAGGGAUGAGGCAAGAGCGAAGAGACAGACCAUAUUGAUCAAGUUGCCAUAAAACAUCUACAAGUGGAGCUUGAAGAAGCUCACAUCAUGUCAUCAAACAUGAACUUUCUCAUAGAAAACUUAGUGCACUGCCCCUGUUGACGUUGUUUGUAAAUUAUUUGUUUUAAAUGGAGAUGUUCAGUAAGAUCAUGUAGUUGAAAUAAAGUUGUUUGCUGAACUGUU